AUGAUGACAUCUGGGUUUCUGAUGAAAUUAGAUUAAGACUGCGUUUUUUUAUAAAAAGUUUAAAACCAGUAAAAUUAUCAUGGAACAAUUUAAGUAAAAAAUACCUCCAAUUUUCUAAUUGCAAUAAAGGUUAAAUCAAAUAAUCCUUCGUAAUAUAUAGUAGCUCCCUCAUAGGUGAUUCUUAAUCCUAAUCAGAAAGCAUAAUUUUAAUUCACUAAAAAUGGAUAUUCUAUGAGUUAUAUUUCUGAAAAAACAGAUAAAUUUUAAUUUAUUGCUAUCACAAUAGAGCCUUCUGCGGUACAUGUUUUCAAUAAUUAGCCUCGAGUAGAUGAAAAACUAUUCAACUAAAAGGAUAAAAUAAACCAAAAGAUUGUUAUACCAGUAAAAUUUGAUGGCGAAUAUAACCUAAAUACAUAAAGUGCUUCUAGAUUAAAUACUUAGAUUAGCGAAUCAUCCAAAAAAAAGUCACCCACUUUAAGCUACGACUUUUAAAGGAAUUCUGCAUCAAUAAAAAAAAUAACAUAGCUUUAGUUAUUAACAAAUGGAAGUCUCACUGAUAUGAAAUAUGGAUAAAAGUAAAGUCUUCAGUAGAGUUAAUCAUCAACUAAACAUCCAGGAAGCCCUUAAUUUCCUAAAUAGUUUAAUGUUGAUAAAGAAAAAGAGUUUAAACUGAAAUAUGAAAAAAUUAUAUAGCAAGUUCACGAAUAUGAAAAAAACUUUUAAUAACUAGAUCAAGAAAUUAAAAUAGCAAAAAAUGAAAAAGAAAAAUGGAAUUAAAUAUAAAAUGCUUCUAAACAUAAAAAAAAAUCUUCUGAAGGUUAUGAAUCUUGGCAAGUCUUACUUGUAAUUUUAGUUUCUAUGUUUUUAGGAAUUUUAUCGGCCAAAUGA